CCUCCAGCCAGAGGGCACAGAUGUCCUCCUGAGCCCAGAGGUGACGUGUGGCCCCUCGGACGUGUCUGUCAGCACACCCUUCGCCCUGACCAUCCCUCACUGUGCAGAUGUCAACCCAGAGCACUGGAACAUCCACCUGAAAAAAAGGACUCAGCAAGGGAAAUGGGAGGAAGUGAUGUCUGUGGAAGAGGAAACUACUUCUUGCUACUGCCUGUUGGAUCCUUAUGCCUGUCACAUUCUCUUAAACAGCUUUGGAACUUAUGCUCUUAUUGGCGAUCCCAUCUCUGACUGCGCCGUUCGACAGCUGAAAGUCGCCGUUUUUGGCUGCCUGUCUUGCAAUUCUCUGGAUUACAAUCUGAGAGUAUAUUGUAUGGAUAACACCCCUUGUGCAUUUCAGGAAGUGGUUUCGGAUGAAAGACUCCAGGGAGGACAGUUACUGGAGGAACCCAAACUUCUGCAUUUCAAAGGAAAUACCUGCAGCCUUCAGAUCUCUGUCCUUGACAUCCCUCCCUUCCUCUGGAGAAUUAAACCAUUUACUGCAUGUCAGGAGGUGCCGUUCUCGCGCGUGUGGCGCGGCAGCCCCAAACCGCUGCACUGUGCCUUCUCCCUGGAGCGCUACAGCCCUGCCACCACCCAGCUGGCCUGCAAGGUCUGCGUGAGGCAGCUCAAGGGCCACGAGCAGGUCCUGCAGAUCCAGACAUCCAUCCUGGAGACUGAAAGAGAAACUAUCACGUUCUUUGCACACGAUGACAGCAACUUUCCUGCCCAGAUGGGUCCAAAAGCAUUCAAAAUCCCCUUCUCCAUCAGGCAGAGGAUCUGUGCCACCUUCGACACCCCCAACGCCAAAGGCAAGGACUGGCAGAUGUUGGCUCAGAAGAACAGCAUUAACAGGAAUCUCUCCUAUUUUGCCACCCAGAGCAGCCCAUCUGCUGUCAUUCUGGACCUGUGGGAGGCUCGACACCAACACGACGGCGACCUCGACUCCCUGGCCUGUGCCCUGGAAGAGAUAGGAAGGACACACUCCAAAAUCUCAGACAUCACAGAAACUGAGCUUGAGGAGCCUGACUUCAACUACAGCAGACAGAAUGGACUUUAG